AUGUAUUUUCUGGCGAGGUCGAGGUCCAUUGACCUUGUAAAUAGCCCCUUUGCUAAUUUCGGCCUUGGGGCUGUCCGAACGGCAACUAAACGUGCUGGAGGAACAAUAUCCAACCAUGGUGGCUCUCCAGGAAAGCGGCUAGGCGUUAAAAAGUUUUCAGAUCAGUAUGUUAUUCCGGGGAAUAUCAUUGUUAGACAACGAGGAACGCUUUUCCAUCCAGGGCCUAAUGCAAGUCCCACUGCCCACUGCUAUCUAAGUGUACUGACCCUGCCACAGGUCGGAAUGGGCCGCGACCACACAAUCUUCGCCUCAAUACCAGGCUACGUACGCUUCUACAAGGAAAAACAUAUGCUUGGAGAACGCAGAUACGUUGGAGUUGUUCAGACACGGGGCGAGAAGCUACCCCGUAACGAAGAGGAGUUUGGCCGGGAUCGGUACUUUGGUCUGAAGAAUCUUCGUGCACCAAUACCACUGUGA